UUACCCCAACCACAUUCAAAAACCUCUCACUCUUCCUUCCCAAAUCCUAAACACUCUCAAUUUCAUCCUAUCUAAUUUCCAUUUCCCUUCGCUUUUCUCUUCGCCGCUUUUGUCCAAUCAGAUAACAGUAUAUACUGAAUUUCGGAAAAAACCCCUAAUCGAUCUUUCGCGAAAAAAAAAACCCUAAUUGCGAGAAUGGGGAACGGCGAGCGACGGGAGGGCGAGACCGCCGCGACGAAAAUCUCGGUCGAUGCGACACCCGGAGGAGAGAGAAAAAGCUACACCCUCCCAAACUUCCACCAAUCGGUGAAGCUAAAAUAUGUCAAACUAGGGUACCACUACAUGAUCUCCCACGCCAUGUACCUCUUACUCCUCCCCUUACUCGCCAUCACCUCCGCCAACCUCUCCACCGUCACCGCGGCCGACCUAAUCCUCCUCUACGACCAGCUCCGCUUCAACCUGGUCUCGGUCGUCGCGUGCUCCACCCUCAUGGUCUUCCUCGGGACGCUCUACUUCAUGACGCGGCCGAGGAAGGUCUACCUUGUGGACUUCGCCUGCUACAAGCCGGGCGAGGCCGUGAUGUGCAGCAAGGAGCUCUUCAUGGAGCGGUCGAGGCAGGCGGAGACGUUCACCGAGGAGAAUCUAGGGUUUCAGAAGAAGAUUCUAGAAAGGUCGGGGCUGGGGCAGAAGACCUACUUCCCCGAGGCGCUGAUGAGGGUCCCGGCCGAGCCCUCGAUGGCCGAGGCGAGGAAGGAGGCCGAGAUGGUCAUGUUUGGCGCCAUCGAUGAGCUGUUGGCGAAAACCGGGGUGAAGGCCAAGGACAUAGGGAUAUUGGUGGUGAAUUGCAGCUUGUUUAACCCGACGCCGUCGCUGUCGGCGAUGGUUGUGAAUCGGUAUAAGCUGAGGGGGAAUGUUUUGAGCUAUAAUCUCGGUGGGAUGGGCUGCAGCGCCGGCUUGAUCUCCAUUGAUCUUGCUAAGCAGCUUUUGCAGGUGAACCCGAACUCAUACGCGCUAGUCGUAAGCAUGGAGAACAUCACCCUAAACUGGUACUUCGGCAACAACCGUUCGAUGCUCGUCUCGAACUGCAUCUUCCGGAUGGGCGGGGCGGCCAUCCUCCUCUCCAACCGCCCCGCGGACCGACCCCGCGCCAAGUACCAGCUCAUCCACACCGUCCGCACCCACAAGGGCGCGGACGACAAGAGCUACGGCUGCGUCUUCCAGGAGGAGGACGACGCCAAGCACGUCGGCGUCGCCCUCUCCAAGGACCUCAUGGCCGUCGCCGGCGAAGCCCUAAAAACCAACAUCACCACCCUGGGCCCACUCGUCCUCCCCAUGUCCGAACAACUCCUCUUCCUAGUCACACUUGUCGCUAGAAAAGUCUUCAAGAUGGAAAUCAAGCCAUACAUCCCCGAUUUCAAGCUAGCAUUCGAGCACUUCUGCAUCCACGCCGGCGGCCGGGCGGUGCUGGACGAGCUCGAGAAGAAUCUCGAUUUAACUCAGUGGCACAUGGAGCCUUCUAGAAUGACGUUGUAUAGGUUCGGGAACACUUCGAGCAGCUCGCUGUGGUACGAGCUGGCCUACACGGAGGCGAAGGGGAGGAUCCGGAAGGGGGACCGGACGUGGCAGAUUGCGUUCGGGUCGGGAUUCAAGUGCAACAGCGCGGUGUGGAAGGCGCUGAGGACCGUUGAUCCGGCGAAGGAGAAGAAUCCAUGGAUGGAUGAGAUUAAUGAUUUUCCGGUUGAGGUGCCUAGGGUUGUUGCAAUUAAUUAGAAUUGGUCAAUUGAUCAAUUUACAAAUUCAUUUUUAGUUUAUGGUGCCAAAUUAUUUAUGGGGUAACAAAAUUGAAUUGAAUGUUGAUUUGAGGAAUUUGUUGAGAUGUAAUUUGUUGUUAGAGAUCAUAGGCUUAUGAUCAGAGAUGUGGAGAUGUGCAAGUUUUUUUAUUGGUUACAUGGAAAACAACUUGAUAUAAUUUGUCUGAAAUUUAGACAAAUACAUGUAAUAAAUAUUAAAGAAAUAUUAAUUUGUUUAAUUCA